AUGGGAGCGAUCCGGCGGGGGCGGAGGCAGGGGCUGGGGGUGGGGCUGGGGGUCUUCUUCCUCCUCCAGGCCCUGAUCCUCGGCCUGGGCCCCGCCCGGGCCUUCCCCACCCCCGACGGCGGCAGAGACAAGGCCAUACACAACAGAGAAUUAAGUGUAGAGAGACCCUUGGAAGAACAGAUCGCCGAAGCCGAAGCAGACGGGAUCCGCCAAGCAGCCCCCGCAGAAAACCCGACCGGGGGAAGAAAUGACUCCUCGGCGGAUGACGCUAACUUCCUAAAGGCCUUAGCGCACCAGGAGAGAGACGCAAGAGAGGGGGCGACCGGAAGAAAAUCCCCUUCCGAUAAGCAGUCGGUCCCCGACGGUACAGAUUCCACCAAGGGCUGGAGGCUGAGAGAGGAAGAUGACGCUACUAAAAGCAGACAGGAUUAUCCAUUUCAAGACGACCCGGAUGGUCUUCGCCGGCUAGACGGGACCCCCCUGACCGCCGAAGACGUCGUCCAGAAGAUCGCCGGCAGAAUCUACGAGGAGAAUGACAGAGGAGUCUUUGACAAGAUUGUUUCCAAACUCCUCCGCCUCGGUCUAAUCACGGAGGGCCAGGCAUACACGCUGGAAGAUGAAGUGGCCGAGGUCUUACAGAAGUUAAUAUCCGACCAGGCGGAGGCCGGCGAGGAGCUGUCGGAGGGGCCGGAUCACCCUUCGACCCCAGGAGGGCUGCUUUCAAGCCAGGCCGGAAAAAUCGCACCGGAGGACUUGGUGCCCGAGGUCCAGACCGCGUCCCCCUGGGAUGGUUUCACCAACGGGGAAACCGAUGCCACGGCGGAUGCCCUCUGGGCCCCUCCCGGAAGCUUGGAGAGAAGGAACGAGAUCUCUGCCCGAGACAGCUUCGAGGACUUGCAGUAUCUCCCCAGUUUUGACACCCUGCUCCGAAGCAUCGACUCAGAGAAAGAGGCCGAAGAGAAGGAAACCCUCAUCACUAUCAUGAAGACGUUGAUUGACUUUGUGAAGAUGAUGGUAAAAUACGGCACCAUUUCUCCGGAAGAAGGAGUUUCCUACCUAGAGAACCUGGAUGCCACGAUCGCCCUGCAGACGAAGAAUAAACUGGACAGAAACGCGACGAGUAACCGAAAUGAGCUUCCGGAAGAGAAGAAUCCCGAAGAGGCAGACAGCACCAAGGAAGAAGCGGCUAAAAUGGAAAAGGAGACGGAAACGCGCCCGGAUUCCACCAAGUACGAAGAUCCGGGCCCAGCUGGGAACGGUGACCAAGUGAGAGGGAAAACCGAGGCGUAUUUGGAAGCGAUCCGGAAGAGCGUCGAGUGGCUGAAGAAAUCCAAUAAACCGGGGAAUAGAGAAGACCUCGACCUCUCCAGGCUGAGGAGCUUCGUCGACCGGCAGGCCGACGCGUACGUGCUCCAAGGCAUCCUGGACCCGAAGGAGGCGGAGCUGAUCAAACGGAUCUACAGCAGCCUGUAGCGGGUGGGACCCGUCCCCCCCCGCGCCCCCGGGCCCGGACGACCGCCGACCGACCCGCCGGCCCCCAGCCCCCGCCCGUUCUCCUGCUCCCACCGGAAUCCUCUCCCCCUCAGUAGGAGUCCUUAGAUAGGGCUAAAUUGGCUUCCAUCCGGAUCUCUCCUAGUUCCCCCGUUCCCCGGCCUGAACGCCCGAGGUCCCGAGAGGCCUCCCCGGGACGCUAAGGACGGGUUUGGAUCCGGCAAAACGCAUUUCGACCC